GGAAUCAAAAUUCAAAAACCUUGCAGCCUGCCCCUCACAAAAGUGCAAUAUAUCAUUUUCCACCCCAAAAACCCUAGAGUCUUCUCAUCAAAAACCUUAGUCAAAAAUGCUACUCCUAUCCCCUCUCUUUUUUUUAUUUAUUUUUCCAUAUUUGCCAAAUUUCCUCUCUAUCAACACUCUCGUUUGGACGCACUUGCCCGAAUUCAACCCUACCCUCUCUCUCUCUCAACCCUUCUACUUCUAGUUUCUCUCUCUUAGACUUCUGAUUUUUCUGCUUUUUCUUUUUUCGUUUUUCGACAUUCUUUCACUUUCAAAGCAAGAAAUUUUAGGAGUUAAUGGAGGUGGCAAAGCUGAGCUCUGAUGUGAAGCAGCUCGCUCUGUGCUCAUUUGUUGAGGCUGCUGUGGUUAAUACUCUUUGGGCUGCUCAAAAUUCCCUCACUUGCCUUCUCAUGCUGACUGGCUCGCUGCUGAAAGACGAACUACCAGACUGGAUUGGAAGGUUUCCGGUGGAGGAGCUUCAUAGAGUUGAAAAGCCUGGACUCGGAAACAAAGAUGGAAGCGAUACAGAGGAUGAUGAUGAAGAUGAAGAUGAUGACAAUGCUGAGCCUGAUGAUGAUGCUGGUGACGAGGACUUUUCAGGCGGGGAAGAAGGCGAGGAUGAUGAUGAAGGGGAUCCUGAGGAGGACGCCGAGGCUAAUGGUGACGGAGGGAGUGACGACGAAGACGACGAUGAUGAUGAUGGAGACGACGAGGAUGAGGACGGGGACGAUGAUGAGGACGAGGAGGAAGAUGAGGAUGAGGAGGAUCAACCACCUGCUAAGAAGAGGAAGUGAUGAAGUAGAGUCAGACCUUAGAGGUUUGUGUUGGUUGGGAGUGUGUAGAAGAAUGAGGUUAAUCUAGUGUGUCUGUGUUUUUACAGAGUAGGAAAUUUGACCUUGGUUUAUGAGAAUGAAUUUUCAUCAUUAGACUUAGAUGGAAAUGUAACUUGCUCCCAUUUGUGGAGGUGAGAAUUCUGGAUUUUAUGGUAGCUGUAUGAUUUUUAAUGUGAGAUCUGUGUUUCAUUCGACAA